GGAGGUGUGGAUGGUGAGGGGUGCCGCACACCGGGAGCCGAGGGUCUGUGUCAAGAGCGGCGGGGGCUGCAGGAGGCGAGAGAGACGGGCACUGCUUUCCCCACAAUGGCAGAGAUGGCUGAGAUGGCCGAGAUGCUGACACAGAUAUCACCAAGGGCAAUGGAGAUGUCAACAGAGGUGACUGAUAUGAAACCUGAGGAGGCCCUUGCCUCAUCCCUCUUUUUCCAGCACCACCAGUUCAUGUGCUCCGAAUGUGGCAGCCUCUACAACACACUGGAGGAAGUCAUCUCACACCAGGAUCAGCAUGGGCCCACUGUCACAGAGGAGGAGGCACUGACCACCCAGGACGCUGGCCUGGAGCCAGAGCUAGUGCCAGGUACGGAGGAUGGGCCUUUCCAGUGUGGUGACUGCAGCCAGCUCAUCCUCUCCCGUGGUGAGCUCCUGGCCCACCAGGACUCCCACCUGCAGGCAUCUGCAAGCCAGAUCCAAUACCAGUGUGGGGACUGCCAGGAGCUGUUCCCCUCGCCUGAGCUGUGGGUGGCUCAUCGGAAGGCCCAGCACCUUUCUACUGCAGCAGCCAGGCCACCAGUGCUGCCGCCUCCCCCGCCCCCUCCCUCAGCACCACCACCUCAAUCUCCUGCUCCACCUGGAGUCAAGAUGGAGCCCUAUGAGUGUCCUGAAUGCUGUACCCUCUGUGCCACCCCUGAGGAAUUCUUGGAGCAUCAAGGCACCCACUUUGACUCCCUAGAGAAAGAGGAAUGCAAUGGGCUAGAGGAAGAUGAGGAUGAAGAAGAUGAAGAGACAGAGGAGGAGGAGGAGGCGUUGGCCUCAGAGGUUGGUGACAAUGCUAUAGAGAGCGACAAGUCCACAGAUCCCCAGACCCAGAACUGUGGGGAUUGUUCCCAACACUGGACCUCAGCAGGGGCACGCCGACGACACCCGCGGGCAUCCCAUGGCCCAGCAUCAACAACCCACCCCUUCCGCUGCAGCCAGUGCCAACGCAGCUUCAGCUCAGCAAACCGGCUGCUGGCUCAUGGACGUGCCCAUGUUGGUGGCACACACGAGUGUACCACCUGCUUCAAGGUCUUCAAGAAAGCAUCCUCAUUGGAGCAACACCUCCGACUGCACCGAGGGGAAGCCCGCUACCUCUGCGUGGACUGUGGCCGUGGCUUUAGCACAGAACUCACUUUGGUGGCCCACCGGCGGGCCCACACCUCCAACCCAUUGCAUCGCUGCCGCUGUGGCAAAACAUUCAGCAACAUGACCAAGUUUCUCUACCACAGGCGCACCCACGCCGGCAAGAGUGGAGUGCCCCCUCUCACAGCAGGAGCCUCCCUAACUCCAGCUGAGCCCAUGCCCCCGCCACCGCCCCCUGCCCCGCCUGCCCAGCUGCCCUGCCCACAGUGCUCGAAGUCCUUUGCCUCAGCCUCCCGCCUCUCUCGGCACCGGCGAACAGUCCAUGGGCCCCCUGAGCGACGACACUGCUGCGGGGUUUGUGGCAAGGGCUUUAAGAAGCUGGUCCAUGUGCACAACCACCUGCGGACACACACGGGCGAGAGGCCCUUCCAGUGCCACUCCUGUGGCAAGACCUUUGCUUCUUUGGCCAAUCUCAGCCGCCACCAAUUGACCCACACAGGGGUGCGUCCCUACCAAUGCCUGGACUGUGGUAAGCGCUUCACACAGAGCUCCAACCUGCAGCAGCAUCGGAGGCUGCACCUGCGACCAGUGGCCUUCGCUCGAGCACCCCGCCUCCCCAUCACUGGUCUCUACAACAAGAGCCCCUACUACUGCGGGACAUGUGGCCGCUGGUUCCGUGCCAUGGCAGGAGCGACUAUCAUGUGCACUGAGCUCGGGGAGACCAUCGCCAUUAUCGAGACAUCCCAGCCGCUGGCACUUGAGGACACACUGCAGCUGUGCCAGGCGGCACUGGGUGCCAGUGAAGCGAGCGGGCUGUUGCAGUUGGACACGGCCUUCGUGUGACACAGCUAAGGGCAACAAUAAGAGUUUGGUUGCAGCAGCAAGUGUGGGCUCCUCUGGGGAGGAAGGGGACCACACCCUGGCAAGUCCACCCCAGUGGGUUCCAGGAUCUACUGGCAUCUUACCCACUGGCUCCUCAGAACAGCCCUGCCAGGUUUCUCUUGUCACCUUUCUCUGCCUGAGGGGAAACUGAAGCUCUGAGAUGUGAUACGAUCUGUCCCAGGUCACCCCACAUAGCAGGGUUUGCCAAGGUUCUUUGCAUCACGCUGCUACCCAGAAACAUCAGGUAACCUUUCCUGAGCCCUGGCCGUGUGCUCAGGUAUGUGCCCCAUACAUCUUUAGGUACUUUGCUGUCCCCCCAGCCCAAGCUUCCCUGGACUUCAGCACCCAGCACUCAGCCAUGCCUGGUGGAGGAAGGUACUGACUUCUCUGGGCUUCCUUAAUCUCACCUUUAACAAUGGAAGGAAACCUAUAGGUGCCCUAGUGCUCAGCUGCAGACAGUGAUGCUGGAGACCCAGGAAUGAGUCAGACACGGGGCUUGGCCCAGGAGGCCUAUAGUGUGUUAGGAACAUGCACAAGUACAGAUGGCCUUGCUCUCUAA